AUGUGCGACCACCACACAACAGGGGCCACGAAAGCUGCCACGGGGGGAGAAGAAGAAAGUUACCAAGAGAGCAGCAGUCCCAGCGACAGGGACUCGGAAAAGGGUCUUUUGACGGGCUCUCUGCCGCAGGAGUCGAACCGGUGUUGCCCACGAGCAGGGCGCUGGAGCUUGAAGUCGAGCGCUUGGACGAUAUGGAUCACCUGUUUCAACGUGGUGGUGCUGUGUGGAUCGGUGAUGUUCCUCAUGUCCCCUCUCUCGAGCCAGGCUUGCUUGCAGCACCUGCCCACCCAGGACAAAUGGAAGGCAACCUCGGCGUAUGCUCCCAUUCUCGAACGGUUCGACAUCCCGCGAGUCGAUCGGAUCACCAACGGUUCCCUGUAUGACAGCGAACCGCCAUCGAUCCUCCGGGUUCCGCAGGGCAAUGAGGCCGACGACGAGUGGUUCCGGAUCAGCUCGGGGGUGUUCCCCAUCCUGAUCUCCGCCGAGGAGAUCCGCCGACUGGGCAAGGACCCAUCGCUCGCCGUGCGGGUGCCCGAUGAGUUCGGCUUCGGGCCCGACGCUUACCUUGCCCAAACGGAAGUGUUCCACCUGCUGCACUGUCUGGACAUGCUGCGGAAGGAGAUCUCCUACGAGCACUACUAUUUCCCCGAGUUUGGGACCCACCCCGAUGCGCAACACACGGCGCAUAUCACCCACUGCAUUGACAUCCUCGCCCAGUACAUCAAGUGCGAGAGCCCCGUCGACGUGAUUUUGUUCAACUGGGUCGGUGGCUGGGACCAGCCGUUCCCGGACUUCAUGAAUAAGCAUGUGUGUCGGGACUAUGAGGCGUUGUUGGCGUAUGUGAAUGAGAAUUCUGUUCCCAAGGAGGUGUUUCGGGCUAUGAAGGAGCCUCCGCCGGACUAUCCUGUGCAGCCGGAUCCUUCGAUUGCGCCGUUUUUGCCUACUGGGGUGGGUGGAUGA